CAAAACAACACAGCCAGUCAACUUUGUCGGAUUUUAGUAACGUAGACCUUUAACAGUGAAAAGAUUAAACGAAUUAUUAGCAUAACUGAUAUUGUUGCAUAGCACUGUAGUGAAAAUGGUUUCGCUUUGUCGUAGUUUCGCAUUAGCGCGAUAAACGAAGGAGUGUUGUUUUGUUCGAUGUGUUUUUACAUUUACACGUACCGCUAAUGUUGUUUCUAUUGUCUUAGAAGUGUUGUUGCAUUAUCUGUGUAAUGUUACUAGUGAAACGUCGUGCUGGUACAUUUGUUUCGAGUUAGCAUUUUGGAUGUGACUCACGGCCUUGUCGGCCCAGACACGCGUUCAUGUAACAUUAGGCCAGGAAUGUGGUGUCGUCGAGCUCGGUUCAACUUUUGACUUUUAACAUGAUUUAAUUAAGGUCGUGGAAAACUACUAAAACUUGCAUGUUAGUUUGUUUCAUCCAACCACCACGUCUCUGGCAAACGCAUUCAGUGAUUUUAUUUGUAUCGACUUCCUGCAGUGUCGUACUGUAUUGUUUGUUUAAAAGGGGUUGAAAUGCAUUGUAGAAACGGUAACGUUACAUGUCCUCAAACGUUUUAAAUAGCACACACACUCUCCGAGGAGCAUGAAACGUUUUAACUUUUGUUACAUUUUCAAAGCACUGACACGUUAAGAUUGAUUGCUUGGAUUUGUUUGUAUGGACUUAAAAUUAUGUGAAGUAUUAUUGGUUAUUAAUUAUAAGAACUUCUUUGUGUUAUAAUUUUUUGUUUUAUUUUCAGAUACUACAACCUUAAGUCAAUAUUUCUUAUUUUUUCGCAAUUAUUUAUAUUUUUAUUGUUUUUUGUACGUGAGGCAUGUUGCAUUACCUUAACUGGAAGAUUAAUAUUUAAUGUCUUUUAUUUCACUUGAAGAUAGGUGAUAAAACUGAAAAAAUGGUGAGACCACAAUCAGGAUCUCCUCGUUCCAAACACAGGCCUUUCUCAGACAACUACAAUAGCAUGAAUCAUGAAGGGCGAUAUGGCCCCCCUUCAAGAAGCCAAAGAGGUUUCAGAGGGCCUCCUGGAAAAGCCCCUCCGAGUUGGAGAGUUCACAACAGUAGUGGAUCCCAGCCCUACCCCAAGAGGCCUUCCUCACUCAUGGGUGAACGCAGAGAGCGACCACACGGACAGUGGAUGCAGAACCAGGAUCACUUCCAUCCGUAUCCCAACUCGCAGGAUUCACAGAGAGGCCGAAGGAGGCCAUCACCACCCCGCUCAAGUCGCCCUCCCCCAGUACAGCACAGGCAAUCCCCUCAUACCUCUAUACAUGGACCGCCUAGCCACAGAGCACCAGUAUUCCAUGGAAACCACCCUAGACACACAUCUCCAUCUAGACACGGAUCUUUUCAUGGCCCUCCAUCAGAUCGACGGAUUCCUUCACCUCAUAAUUCCUUCAGGGGUCCACAGCGACGCCCAAGCCCUCAGGAUCAUGACAGGAGCUGGGGUCCCACUCCCCGGGAGAGGCCUUUUGGCCGACCAGCACUUGGUGGGCACCACUGGAAUGGCCCAGGAGGUUACCCUCAUCCCCACAGUGGGGAUUCGAGGUUCCCUGGCCCACCCCACAGAAAGCCCAGAGAAUUUCAUGGAAGGAGUUCAUAUCCAGAGAGGUGGUCUGCAGAGAGAGAUCAACGUGCACCGCAUGGAGACCUUAGAAGGGAUGUUCGGCGCCCCAGCAUGGAAUUUGCACACAGAGGAGGAGGCAGUCCACACUCUCGGCCCCCUUACAGAUCACCAGCACGAAGACCUGGCCCACCCCCACCUGGCUCGUCGAUCAGACCUUAUCCGCUUAUGCGACUACAAGACAGGCAGAUUGGACGACCAAUGAAGAGGAGGAAUCAAGAUUUCAGACGGCCGCCUCCACUUAGCAGUUUGGAGCAUGGGCCGCCAAAGCGUUUCCGCAGGGAACUGUCUGUGAGACCUCUUCCUCUUCGGGGCUUCAGAGGUCGUGGUUUGACCCUUGUUGAUAAGAGUCGACUGCUUAAGGCACGAAGGUUCAGAGCAGAGUCGGUGACGCAGUUCAAACUCCCACCACCAAGGCCAAGAUUAUCAGACAGAGUCCAGAAACCCAAGCCUCAGACAACACCAAAAAAUGGCAAAGAUUCUUCAGGAGUGCCACUACGCAAGAUGCCACUCAAAAAGAUGCCAUCUUCUAGAGAGUCAUCCCCCAACACCGACUCCAAGACUGCAGUUGCUGAGAGGGACUCUGAAUCAAAGGUGGAAUCCCGUCGCUCUGAGAGCGCACACAGCUCCUCACCGAUAGACAGGCGACUUUCACGUGACCUUGUUGUGGUUUCCCAUUGGGAGGCAGGCCACAAGCCCAGUACUAGUCCCAGGAACAGUGCACCUUGGAGGAAUAAGGCAUCCAGGAGCAAGUCUGAGGAAUCAGAAUCUCGUGGAAAUUUGACGUUGAAUGAACGUUUCACCAAGCUGCAAAGUCCUCCUAGCUCCUCACAGGAACAGAAAGAAAGAAGGUCUUCUGGAAGUCCACCAAAAACCCGGAAGCCGGUUGCAUUUCAGAGGCCUGGUUUCCGCCCAGCUGUUGGAGUGAAGAGGCCGUCGGCACCUGAUGGAGUUAUCAGGAAACCUUUGAUGAGUACUUUGAUUCCAAGACCAACCUUCAACCAGAAGUCCGUCUUCAAAAAGAGUCAGAGUAUCAUGUCAAAAUACAAGAACUUGCAGACACUGCGGCAUAAAGUGCCCCAUCAGCGUCAAGCCACUAGCUAUCGCCGGUGGUGAUCCAGAACGAUUUCAUUAGGUGAGGCGAGUGUCCAGAGUUGAGCGUCUCUCCAGAGCUGCCCAUCUUCCUCACCUGACAUUUUUGCUGUAUGAUAGUUUGAGCUAAUCUCUGUAAAAACCACAAAGAUCACCAAAGUAUUUUCGUUUCUUCUGUAGCAAUGUUUUUUGUUUUGUUGGCGUGCUAUAGAGGUCAAUUGAAUCGUCUCGACUUGUGCAUUAGUCUUAUCAGAGUUUGGAAAAACAGAGACUAGUUGCUUUUUCUUUUGUAAUUUAAAUUUAACCUGUACAAAUAUAUGUACUUUUUGCCAUAAUUUUGUGAAAAUAUUAUUUUUUAGCUUUGGUUAGAAUAGUGUUUUUUUCACAUGUAGUCGUAGCUCAAACAUCAGUGUCUAAAUAGCUGCUUUUUGAAAGUGACUGUUAAAAGACGCGUAUCAUGCGACCUGAUCCCUGCUGAAUGAUGUACAAAGACUAGCUUUCAUUUGAUGAAGAGUUUUGAGAGUUUUUGUUGAGCUCCAUGUGCUGAUAAAUGACGUCCCUGAAGAGUUUUGUUUGUGCAGCUCAUAAAACACCUGUACAUUCUUUGUAAUCAGAUACUUUGAAUAAAACUGGAGUUGUCAGAUA